AAUAAAAAAAUUGAAAAUUAGGAAAGAAGAAAAGUGUGGAAGUACAGUAUUGUUUGGCGUUUAAUCGGGAAAGAGCUGCAGCGACAGCAAGCAUGGAUGAAGUUGAAUUCCGACGCCUUCUUGAUCUAUUCCCCAUCGUCCGAGCUCGCGAUUACCAUGUGGAAUCAGAUGCAUCAAGAGAGUCAACGUCUAACCCAACGCAGCAUGAGGUGAUAAACGAAUGGCAAGAUGCUUGGGAUGAGGGGGAUAAAAGGGAAGUUGAGAAUCAAGGAAAUAGCAAAGAUGAUGCAUUUUGGAUGAAGCUAAAGUUGGCUGCUGAGAGGAAGGUGGGGGCAGCAGAAGCAGAGAGAUUCUGCACCGCUUUUCAACGAAUUCAUAAAAAACUUGUGCAUGAAGAAUUGAGUUUAGAUGCUGCUCGGAGCUUCAUAAGCUCAUCAAAAAGCUCUUGAAGAAUAGUUUCAUGCAUGUGUUUGCAUGCUUUCUUUGUUUUCCCCUUUCCGAAUGAGUACAUGAGCGACUCGGUUUGGAAGAGACAUUGUAAUCUUGAAGUAUUUGGAUUUAAUUAUUGCGUAACAAUGUAACAUUGAAUUAUGAAAUUAAUUUUGGCAAUUCAAACUAUAAAUGGUGUCGUGUAAAUGAUUUUGGAUGUAGGCUUCACAAUAUACAACCAGUAUUUAUCUUUGGGUUGAAUA